AUCAAGUUGAAUCGAGUUCAUAAUUAAGAUUCAUUAAUUCAAGACGAGGCGAAAAUAUGAAGAUGUUUGAGCUUUAUGCUUAAGUGUGGCUAGACUUGAUGGUUCUCUAACCGACUCGAACAAAAAUGAGAUGAGCGAAGAAAGCCAAAAUUAUACGACGGGUGUCAAAGUAGCAGCACAUACGCAUGAGAACAGCCAUGGCGGACAACAGUAGAUUUCUUCUGAAACAACUACCGUUUCUUCUGCUCCUCAUCUUUUCAAUGAUUCAAUUAGCAUGUAGAGCAGAUGUUAUAACACUCACAGAAGAAACUUUCUCUGACAAGAUAAAGGAGAAAGAUACUGCAUGGUUUGUGCGAUUUUGUGUUCCUUGGUGUAAGCACUGCAAGAAUUUGGGAUCAUUAUGGGAAGACUUGGGAAAGGCCAUGGAAGGAGAAGAUGAGAUAGAAAUUGGACAAGUUGACUGCAGUACUAGUAAAACUGUAUGUUCUAAAGUUGAUAUUCAUUCAUACCCAACAUUCAAGCUCUUUUAUAACGGUGAAGAAGUUGCAAAAUAUCAAGGACCACGAGAUGCGGAAUCCUUAAAAGCAUUUGUUCUGGAAGAAACGGAGAAGGCAGCAGCAGCCGUGGAAGAUGGUAGUGACAAAGAUUUGUAAUCUAUGUUUCUAUGCAGAAGAUAACAUAAAGAGCUCACAGAAGCCGUUAUGUUAAUGUUAGCAGCAGAAUCAGUAUAGGUUAUAUGGCAUCAACAAUUACGAGAAGCAGAAGCAUGAUUGAUUCUUGGGCUGUAUAGUUACUGUAGCUGCAGCCAUCUGGAGUAAAUUGUCAGCUUGAAUUACUCUCAAACACACUCAUGAACUCAAGUAUAUUUCGAACUUGAGAUUUAUGGUAAUGAUGCACUCGGUUACAAGUCAUUCUGCAGACAUAGUAUUCUACAUGUAAUGAAUAUUGUACCGACUUUCGCAGCAACUGUCAUGCUGGGAACAACAUCAGAGCUACAUUUUCCUCUGUUAUGAAUGCAAACUUUCUCCAUGCUUUUAAUGAGAAUUUCCAUAGAUGAUUUUGCUAGGAGAA